AUAAAAUCUCGAUAUUUACUCCAUUCUUUGCUAAAUCCGUGUCUAUAGCCCUCCCCUUCAGAAUCUUCCAGCAUCUUCUGCUACCACGCCCUUGCAGCCUUGCGCCCCGCCUCUCUGACGCAUCCUUCUAACUGUACAUAGUCAACCUUUCCCUUCGCUCUCUGUAUCUUCAACAUUUUCAGCACAUGCCCGCCACAGUCUCUGAACAUGUGCCAAUCAAGUCAAUCGCCGGAUGCUAAACCAUCUGAGUCUUUUCCUUUCCAUAUUCCCACCUACGAUGCCCACUGCCAUCCCACCGACAACAUGGCCUCCAUGGCGGCUCUCUCUACCAUGAAGGCCGCCGCCAUGAUUAUCAUGGCCACUCGGUCCCAAGAUCAGCAGCUUGUGGCAGACGUAACUCAAAGCCAUGGGAUCAAAAGCAUAGACGAGCUGGCGUCGCUCAAACAAGCACAACCCAGUUCGUCUUGUAAUCUGAUCCCCGCAUUUGGCUGGCACCCGUGGUUCUCACACCAAUUAUACGAUGACACAACCGCUGCGACACCGACUUACAAUCCGUCAAAUACAACUGACAAGGAUGCCAUAUUUCAAGCAAAAUGUGCACAUUACCGAGCAGUCCUACAACCUCCCCCAGAAGAUGACUCCUUUAUCGCCUCGCUGCCGGACCCCUCUCCGCUCUCCACACUUAUAAACGACACGCGCGCACGCUUAGCCGCCCACCCCGUUGCUAUUGUCGGUGAAAUUGGCCUUGAUAAACCAUUCCGCCUUCCCCAGCAAUGGGAUCCGUCCAAGCUCGAGGACCGCGACCCUUCCAUCACCCCCGGCACACGCGAGGGCCGUCUGCUCAGCCCAUACCGUGUCGAUAUGGCUCACCAGCAGGCCAUUCUCACAGCACAACUGCAGCUGGCUGGGGAGAUGAACCGGCCGGUUAGCGUGCAUGGCGUCCAAGCGCCAGGUAUUCUCUUCGAUACCAUCUCCAAAACAUGGAUCGGUUUUGAACGGCACAUUCCAUCCCGUCGGGAGCGUCGCCUUGUAGCUCCAGGCGCAGAAGACUUUAGUAGCAGCUCCGACGAUGAGGAUGACGAGAUCCUCGCACGCCUUAAGCCCAAGUCAAAACCUAGCCAAUCAAAAAGCCCAUACGCUCCAAGAGUGUGUCUACAUUCGUACAGCGGCAGCGCAGCGGUUCUGUCACAGUGGAUGCGUCCGACAAAUCCGGCGGAUGUGUACGUCUCCUUCUCAUCCGCGGUUAAUCUGGGCUCCGAGUCAGUCCGAGCCCGUAUAGAUGACGUUAUUCGGGCCGUCCCUGACGAUCGUGUGCUGGUAGAGAGUGACCUUGACUGCGCGGGGGAUGCCAUGGACGCUGCCUUGGAUGUCAUGUAUCGCCGUGUAUGCGCAGCCAAAGGCUGGACUCUAGAGGAUGGCGUAGCCCGAAUAGCCUCCAAUUUCGAGGCAUUCGUAUUUGGCAAGCAAAAGUAACAUUAUGGAUAAAAGGGAAAGGCAGAAAAUAGGUAUUCGAGUACUGUAUUAUAAUGUGGCAUGACAAUGAAACGCUAGACGCUACCCGUUCUUGCUAAAAUAAAACCAAACUCCGAGUACUGUAUGAUGCAAAACUAUACAUGAAAAAUAUGCCCAACCACAGGCAAUUGUUGUAAUUCCAAUCUAUAAAGAUGGCUUAUCGUCGAUUAGGUGUGUAUUGUGGGAGACAAGGCAUGUACGACUCGUCGUCCUCGCUCUCGUAGGCUGGAGGCGGCGAGCUGCCUCGUGCCCGAUGAGGCAUUGAUGUAGCAUUGAUUAUGUCGCUGACCAUAGAUGCAGCCUCGCGAAGCCCAGAGAGCUCAUCAGCCACAUCCCGAUGCGAUACCUCGUUCCACUGUCUGAUCGGGCUUUGCUGACGCUUCUCGCGUGGUCGUUCUUCAUCGGAUGCGCUUUCGACACGACGUAAAGCUCUAAAAUAGUCUCCAAACAAAGAUCUACGGCGAGGUAUACGAGGGAGCUCUUCAGUAGUUGGUAAUGAGAUGGAUCUAGAGCGGCGUCGCUUAAGACACAUGCCAAUCGUCUUGUGGACGAAGAUGUACCAUAAGAACAAAGCCCCAGUGACCUUCAGAACGAAGCUGAUAGGUGACUUGCGUCUCUGUAGCAAACGGUUAGACGAAGACUGACGAUAUUUGGGAGGAUAACUUACGUUAUGGUGGUUGUGUUCGUGCGAAUCGCUAUCAUGAGUGUGGCUGUGAUGUGGGUGGCUAUGCUCAGGAGAGCUAUCCAAGGCAUAGUCUUCGGGAUCUUCCUGACAACCAAGAACUCGGCUCCAUUGAGGAGAACCAUUGCAGACAUCUCCAUGAGCGUGCUUAAUCUUCCACGCUAGUCCGCGGAACACACAGCCCAAGUCAUCGCAUUCCCUAAGCGGGCGUGGCGGCGUGUCUCCUUCAGUGCUGUCUGUAUAUACGAGGUGCUCCAUAAUGUCUGUCUCUUUUUGACGGAUGAGUUGGCGAAGAUUGUGUACCUGCUGGCGAAGAUCUUCAAGAGCAGAAAUUUGUGCAUCCAGAUCAACAUCAAAAGGCAUGUUCCGUUGGCUUUCCCAUUGCGCGGUGCUGUCAUCAUCAUAGUCGUCUGACGGAUAUGAAUGCUUGUGAGAAAUGACCUUGUGGACUAGAGUCACUCUGGAACCACCGGUGACUUCGAGGAAUCUAAUCGGUUCUACUUGUUGAAAUGAAGCUGCCAUCUGAUUUUGGGUAAAGAUGGAUCGUCCAUUUGCAGAGUGAAUAGACAUGGUGAGCAGCUGGGUCUUGCUCUUUUGGCAGGCGAUGUUCCAGCUGGCGCUGACGACAGUGCCAUCUUGGAGAGUAAAGGCGCCGCUGCCGCCACCAGUAGCAUUUUGAGACAUGGGAAGACCAUUGAAUACCAAUUUUGCAACUCCGCAAGGCUCUUUGGACUCGUGCAAAUCAAAUCGCAUGGGCUAGUACACGAGGUAUGAUUAACUAACUGACACCCAAGGUCGCGUAAAAAUGAGGCUGUCAGUUAUUGUACUUACAAGCACUUGGAUACCGUCAUCUUCAACAGGGACCUUGAGAGUGAUGUAUGCGGUCGGGACGAUUUCUAUAGAAGAAAAAGGUUAGCUCUCGAUCUCGGGUGACUUUGUGAAUGGGCCUCUCGUACCAACAGAGUUGACAGGCAGUCCUAGCCAUGGUGCCGCAAGGCUCAGGCGAGCAGCUGUUAACAGUGCUAUAGCGAUGACACGACGCAUCGUCGAUGAUGAAUAAAUCAGAGAGAAACUUAUGUGGUAUAUGAAAUCGACUAGUUCGAGAUCGAAAUUCCGACCAACGUAAAUAAUCCGUCAAAAACACAAAAUGAAAUCGUCGGGAGCGAGUGACCACGUCGACUGGGAGGGAUGGCGCCGUUGGAGGCCGCGCAACUGGGGUACAAGAGCUGGUGGACGGGACACUGUGACGAGGCAGAGAGAAUCGAAGGGACCAAAUGACGAAAAACGAUAUGAGAACUGGAUGCAAAAAAGGGUCCCGAUGAAUGAAUCAGAACUAUGAAAGCGAAUCUCGCAAAGAAAACCCCGACGAUGAUGAUGAAGGGAAGAAAGUAGGAGUCAGACCAGCCUGGUUGGGCGAGAGCCUCGUGGCCAGCUGUUUAGCUUGAUGUGCCGCCAGCUUUGGCACCUGGCGUGACAGUGGCAGCGCACCUGGCUGAGCGUUCUGCAGGGAGGGAGGAGGGGCUCUGCGCUGCGGGCGGGCCCAAGCACUACCACAACCUAACACUUUACAGUAACAGGUCGUGCUCAGACGCAACAAAAGAAAACACAGCCCACGAGACGCUAGACCCUCUUUGACCAGGUGUCUCUGUCGAUUCGCUGCUGUCGCGCAGGCGAUGCACUACUCAGACAGUUAAUUAAAGAAACACGCCAGCAGACUACAUUUGCAAGCGUCGUGACGAGCUCUAAGCGAAGGGCAGCAAAACACACAAAAAAAAAGGAAAGCCGGUUCGAGACACUUGGCUAUUCAACCGUGAACACCGCCGAUAUCAGGAUCACCAGUGUCAAGUUGCCGUGGCUCGCAAUGCGGGACUCCCUAUACCAUAAACGUAGCUAUUUCGCUUACCGCAACUUGUCAAAGCAAAGGUAAAAUAAUAAAUUAAGCAACGCCUCCUUUAGAGACAAGUACCGUAUCGCAUCCGCAAACCCCCAUCCAUAAACAACACCUGAACCAAACGCCCAAAUGCUCCGCCUCCCGGCAAAAAAAACACUUCCGGCGUGCAGAGAAAGAAGCCCGGUGUCUACACGCGCCGCAUGAAUCACUCCACAGCCCGAUUCCUUAGUCUGGCCCUGCAUGCAAUGCACUCUGCAGACGCACCAAUAGAGAUAUUCUCCGCUCCUCAAGCGUAAGAAGAAAAAACGCCCCCAAUGAUUUGCGGCUUCUCGGCACCUACGGCCCCUUCAAUUGCUCCAUCAUGAUGGCCCCCUGGAUCUUAGGUCUCGUAUUCACGAUGCCCUUGUUGGAUUUCCGGAUAUCCAACCUAUUCUGGACAGUAGACCAAUGGCCCUCUAGACACCGGGAAGCAUGCUCUACACAGGAAAUACAACCUUAGUUUUGCUGUCCUCCACGUUGAAGCGAAAUCUCCCUGGCGAAUUCCAGGCCGCGUCUCAGCUUACACCGCGCCGCUACACUGGUAGUGUCUCACCUCUCCGCAUACGUCACUGGUCAGGCCAUUGCCAAGACCGUUGCAGAUAGCCGCUGGUAGUUUGCCCUAAACGGCUGGGGUGAAUAGGCGACAUCAGUCGAGACACGGGGGACCAAACAAGAGCGUUCGAAGUGACGGUUUUGAUGAAUUGUGUAAAAUUGUGCUCUUUUCUUCGUGGAUCAUUCUUUCUAAAUUAUGGAUAAAAGACAAAAAAUCAUAGACAUUUGAUACCGCUGGUUCGCUGCGCCGCAUAAAAGCUGCAAUGCGUAACGCUCUAUGACAUAAAAAAAAAUCGAAUCAACAAAAAUCGCUUCGUGACCAAAAUCAAAAACAUAAAGUUACAAGCACCAUUCUUUGCUUCAGAAGUAGGCGCUCAGAAUUUCCACACGCGCCUGGGCGAACUCGUUGUCGUUCACCAUACUCUUAAGAAUCUGGAUCAUACGGCCUGAGAAAGCAAUGUUAGCAAUGUGAUCUUGUAUAAACCCGAUUUUCUUUUAAACUUACCAAUAUCUGCACGAGCUCGCACAAAGACGGGAUCUCUUUCGAGCAUCUCAGGACCCCCAGGCUCUUUGGCCGCCUCACGCAGCACGUUACCAAUGCAAACAGCUUCGAGGAAGGCGCGGUGGUUAAUAACCCACCAAACUCGAGCCUCAGACUCAAGAAGCUGGAACAUAAGGAAAAACGCGCUGAUGGCAUCGUGGGCCGCCUCCAGUGUACCGCGUACAUUGGGUGGCACAUCCGGGCUUUCGGAAGCAUGGACAAGCAUGAGGUUAUGGAAGUAGUUGCUGGUGAGCCAGACUGUCUGGCGAACAACUCGCUUAUUCGUAUGUGCCAAUGCUGUCAAACUUUCAGCAUCCCAAGAGCGGAACACAUCAGGGAAAGACCGGUAAACGGAUCGGAAGUCGGCCACCAGCUUUGACUUAUGGCGGGCAGUGGUGCAAAUAGGAAGAUCCAAGGAUCUUGGCGAGCUAAUCGUCUCUUGGACCAGGUUGGCAAGGGUCCAGUUGCCUCGAAUGUAGGCCAUAUCGGUAGGGUCGCUGCUCGCAAUUGACGAGCCGUGGUCGAGAAGGUCAUCCACGGAAACGUCUGUGUGUGUUGUGCAAGGAGGUAGAGAGAAGAGGACUGUCAUGAAUGUGUCCUGGAGCAGAACAGCCUGCCAGACCUUGCGGCGUUGCUGCAUCUCAAAUGGACUGGCGUUCGGCGUCACAAUGUUGGGAUCGCGGUGGAGGCCCAUAGCAUAUGCCUGGCGAAUGAGGAUGCCAGCAAAGGCCCAGCCAUCCGAGGCGUGGUUGUCGUUGAUUAAAAAGUAUGUCAUCAAGACCAUGGCCUGGAUGGAGCGCAGGGAUGCGGUGCUCAGGUACGACGAGAUGCGGAGUGCCUGGUUGCAAGCGGAGGCGUAGAACUCGGCAGACUGCUUUCGCUCCCGCGGAGCUGAAGAUGUAACAAACUGGGUGCCCAUUGCAAUCAUAACAAAGAUUUGAGCAACAAAUGCUGCAUCUACGUCUUUGCGUUCUCGUUCGUCCAUUCUCCAAAAGUGCUCAUAGUCGGCGUAAAAGGUUUGACGAUGGAUCAUGGGGUAGAUGGGAUCAACACACUCAAAGUAUCGUCCAAGGAGAAUGUCGGCUUGCAUCUUCUCUGGCAAAACAGAAAUGACCUCGGGCAGGCCACCUCCGCAUGUCCAGUAGUUUGCAAACGGGUGUUCGGAUCCUAUACCAAAGACAUUGCUCGAGGUCGUUUUUGAGUAGGGGGCGGUAGAGAGCAGGCCGGUAGAGAGGGCUACUGCUCCCCGGGACUUUCCGUGCUCGUCGGUAUGCCUGUCAGCGAGAUUAGGAAUACGAAGCAUGCUGUCGGCACCCUGCCUCUUCUUGGGCGCUUUCGUCAUCCUGCGGCCAGUGGAGGCUGAUCGGGUGGUCUCUCUAC